AUGGGUAAUAUAUCAAUAUCAGACUUCUCAUUUUUUGCAAAAGAAAUAAAAGAAUAUUUUGAAGAAAGACAAGAAUUUUUUAUGGAGGCUUCUCAGGAAACUAGUGAUUUUAAAUUAAAAAUAAUUUUUAGAAUUUUACAGUUGGAAACGAAAUUAAAAUUAUUAGAAUUCAUGAAUAGAUUAGAUGGACCUCAUUUCGAGCUUUAUACUUCAUUAAAAAAUGAUGAUGAUCCUACCAAGAUGAAAAAAUAUCUUACAUUAUUGGCUCAAGCAUUUGAUUUUCAAUUAAUGCAUGCUGAUGAACCAUAUAUGCCUGAAUACAGUUUUUUUGCAAACCAACUUGAUUAA